GUCGAGUGCUCCCAUCGCUUCCGAGCUCCUACCGAGAUGUCCGACACGCCAACUAGCCGUAGGUUUGCCAGGACCUGCGACGCCUGCAAGGCCCGCAAGGUUCGUUGCUCAGGCUAUCCUGGUCCCUGCCUGACUUGUAUCCGCCGGAAAGAUACUUGCCACUUCAGCCCUGUGAGGCCUGCACGAAGGCACAAUGUCAACUUGGAUAUCACAGUUCACAACUCACAGAGCCCAGGGGCACAUGGCCCACCAACAACAAGUGCAUCCGCUGGUGGUCGAACCGUCGACAAAUUACCAAGUCUAUAUGUCGACAAGCUUCUGGCUCAGGCUCGAACCAACGGUGGCUUGAAUGACAGCAAGCCAAUUGCCGUCCAGGGAAAUGAAAUAUUUGUUGGCAAUUACAGAAUGACGUUCUUCUCUGAUCACAAAUUACUGCACUUGUCGAAGCAGUUACAGAACAGCAAAGUAGACGAGCUGCUGGGGCAGAUAACAUCCCUUGUCCAGUCUCGGUUACCACGUCAUGACACGGCGUCUACUAAACCGUUGCAACUCGCUAGAGAGACCCGCGGUGUCGUACUCGGUGCCAGCGACACCAAACUCUAUUUGGAGGCAUAUUUCACACGAGCUUAUCCCCUCUUCCCAUUCCUCGACAGGAAAGCCUUCGAGGCCGCCCUCUUGGGCCCGACAUUUUUACAAGAGCUCAAUCACAACAAAGCCUGGUUAGCUUUGUAUAAUGCUAUUCUUGCCAUAGGCUGUCAGCUCUAUGGUGAAGGAAGCUAUCAGCCUGGGAGGGGGAAUUCAUGGGCGUUGUUUUCCACGUCUAUGGCCGUGUUUUCCGAACUGCUCAGCCUACCUGACUCUAUCCUUGUGCUUCAAGCAUUGACGGCAAUGUCCAUCUAUUCCCUCUCAAUUUCCUGCAUGGCCAUCGAGCACGUUGUCAUCCAGGAAGCUGCCAGAAGAGCACAGAAUCUCCGAAGCCACAAACUUCCAGAAAGCGAUACCCUAAGCUACCAGAAGGCAUUCUGGAUCCUCUAUUCGGUUGAGAAAAUUUCCAGUUUCCACUUCGGGAGGUCUUCUGCGUUCGCCGAUCAUGAUAUAUCGGUGCCAAUACCGAUAGUCCCUGAAGCAAUAUUUGGCGAGUAUGAUUGGCUGUUGGCAAACGCACGUUAUUCACGACUACUGUCACGGGCGGCAUCCUCUCUCUUCUGCGCCGGUGUGACGGGCAAUACCGAGGAAUAUUUCCUAGAGGUCAUCGACCAGCUUGAGCAUGAGUUGGACAACUGGAGGAUGACGACCCCGGUCAGUGGAGAGCCGAACGAUACGUCCAGGAUCAAUCUUAUCGAGUCCUCUUUACUCCGGACGGCUUCUGUCUGGACCCACCUAAUGUACCACAGCUUGAGGUUGGCUCUUUGCCGCGCGAGGUUGCAUCUGGCGGCGAAGACACGCGGGCUUGUGACCACGGCAAGUCAAGCCGAAAGCACGAGCAUCAUGUCCGAGGCCGCGAGGAAUAUACUCGAGUUGGCAGCUUUCAUCGACGUGAGCCCUUCCACCCCAUUUUGGUUCGUUGCCGGGAUCCCUGUGGCAGCACUACUGGUCGUGUUUGACGUGGUGAUAAGCCAUCCAAGACACCCGGAAACAAACACAAACCUGGCUCUACUGGAUGUCGGGGGCGGACACUUCAGUAGGAUCGAGUACGCGAGUGCUGGCUGGCUUCCGGGCUCUCUGCUAACCCAGUUCUCACAAAUCGCUCGGGAGUAUGUUAACAAGGGCAAGACAAAUGACGGAAGUAGUGUACCACCUGGCGGGUCACAGAAUGAGAGGGUCACAUCCAUUAGCUCUGGAAAAGAACCUCAACCGGCGGUGCACAGCGAGCUUGGAGCCACGGGCGGCCCUCCUUUGCAACCCGCAUUUGACACAGUGCCAAUUGCAAGUGGAGACCAGGAGCUGACAUUGUCGGACAUGUUGUAUUGCCCCAUGGGCGAUGACCCUUCCCAGUUUAGCGAUGGGCUUUUAACAGGCAUGGACUUGAUGGGGCUAUUUCAUUCAUCCAUUCCUUGGGACUAUCGGAUGGACCAGUAAGAUGCCCUUCGUUUCUGGAGGUCAGCAAUGAACGGGCAAUCGCCAGGAAGACUGAAAUCGACGACACGAUCCCUCUUUCACAUGAUCUUUAAUUCAGCAGCAGGCCGCCCAUGCUGAUGAGACCAGGAACUGUCUGUGAUCUUGCUAUCGACAUUUUGUGCUGUGCCAUAUAUCUAGUCAUCAAUCAACGCCGGUAUUUAUGCAUGUUGAAA